GCCGUCGGAAAUUCACUGAAAUUCCGACUGGCUUGUUUUCGGCUCUAGCUUAAAGUUCAAGUGCGAGCGCCUGGUCGCCGGAGGACCAUGAGGCGGUUCGGAGCGCGGACGGCACGAACAGAGGGUGUGUGCGGCUGCUCGGAGCUUCGCCUGGCGUCUCUGCUAACUCUUACCGAGCCUUUCUCUGUCGCUGAGGACGAGUCAAGCUAGUCGGACCGAACCGGAGCAAGUUGUGUCCGAGUAAAGCGAGCAAAGCGGCGCCUGCGGUUCAACGAGCGGAACCGCAAUGCUCCGGUUCUGCCUGCGAGGAGCCCUGCGAGCGGCUCCACACGCGGCACCGGCACCGGGACCGACGCCCACGGUGCCGGCAGCGCCGAGCUGCUGGAUGGGGACACACGGGAGGAACGAGCCGAGGGAGCCGCUGAACUCCCCCAAGAGAGCGAAGGAGUUCAUCUACCGGCUGCACCCGAACGAGAGGUCGUGUCUGCUGCGCGAGCUGCAGAGCUUCGAGUCCAUAGCGAUCGCUCAAGAGACCCUGGAGCCGUCGCCGCCGACCGCCGCCCAGAUCAGAUACGUUUUGUUCCACAACGCCAUCCCCUUCGUUGGAUUUGGUUUCCUCGACAACGCCAUCAUGAUCGCAGCAGGGACGCAGAUCGAGCUGUCCAUCGGGGUCACGCUGGGGAUCUCCACCAUGGCCGCGGCGGCUCUGGGGAACCUGGUCUCAGAUCUGGCAGGUCUCGGCCUUGCAGGUUACGUGGAGGCUCUGGCCUCCAGACUGGGGAUGCAGGUUCCGGAUCUGACGCCCAAGCAGGUGGACAUGUGGCAGACCCGGCUCAGCUCCCACAUGGGCAAGGCCAUCGGCGUGUCCAUCGGCUGCAUCCUGGGAAUGUUCCCGCUGCUUUUCCUGGACGACGACAAGGAGAAAGACGCACAAAGCGGCAGCGAGGCGGCCUCGCGCUCCUCCUAGACAGAAGCCUCACUCACCCUCAGACUGGACCCAGCAGCGCCAAAGCACAUUGACAGCGUUCACGCUUUGUGUUGCAUUUUAUCAGUUCUGGUUUGUUGUUGAUUCCGUUUUCAGACUGAUUGUUUGGUCAUCGAUUGGUCAAACUGCAUACUCUCUCUGUAAUUAGCAUCAGCGGUUGAACCAGGCAUCAGCUUUUAAACCUGUGCUUCCUGUUUUGUUCUGUGCGCUCUCUUGUGACGUCACAGAUCUUUGACCCGCGUCUGACUGGGUCUGAGUCCGAGUCUCCCUGAACGCUGCCUCACCGGGUCACAGACGUGGAACCCAAGCUGUCGCUGUGGUGGAACGCUACCACCUGCUCCAGUGCUUCACUUUAUCUCCCAACACGAUUUGAUCUGCUCAGCAUGUUUCUCGUCACCUCAGCUUCAAAGCGUCUGGUGACGAGGUCGCGUGAGUUGUGUUGUUGUGCAUCUGUCAGAAGAAUAGAACCGAACCGGGUCCGCUUGUUUUAGUGUUUUGCAUGACUGUAGCUCGGUCGUUUUCUUCAUGGUAGUUUUUAAAAGCUGGAGCUUCAGGUGUUGAUGGUGGAGCUGUUUGCGGCUGAAACACUAUUUGAUAAAAGAUGUUUGUUUUUUUUCUACAGAUAUUUGUCUUUAGUUUCCAACUUUCUCUUCCAUGAGCUGCUUGACUUCAAUCCAGUCGCAGGUCUGAUUCACGCUUUAGUUGUAGAUUUUAUUUUGUUGAGAUUUACACACUUUAUAAUGAAUCCAAUCAAACUAUGGCUUUUAAUUUACUGUUGCUCUUUAUUUGUGCUUCUCUCCUGCUCACAUUUUCCUCCUGCACAUAUUGAAGGUGCUUUUUUUGUAACCGUAGUGAAUCUAGUGGAUUAUUUCCAUGGGCUGUGUCCAAAGUUGCUCCCACACAGAUUCUCACUGUUUUCUUAUCACUUCACUUAAAUUAUAUUUACAUCCUCUGCAUUCUUCGUUGCAUCGUUAGUGAAUGUAACUAAUGUAAACGAAUCACAGAAUUUUGACUGUUGUACCAGUAAACACACUAACACAUGUUUGUUUGCAAUAACUAAGAUUAUUAAUAGACAGGAAUGCUGUUGGUUGGUUUGUUUAUGAUGUGCUACAUAUUAUAAUGUAACAGGUGAGAUUGAUGGAGAGAUUUUGGGCACAGCCAACAGAUCAUUUUCCAUAAAACCUUGCAGCUAUUUUUUAUUUGUAUUUGUUCACUGCACUAGUAAAUUACAGGAGAACAGAGAACAACUUUCUUUUAAUAGGUUUUUAAGUUUUCAAAAGUUGAUGAAAGGUUUGUAAUCAGACGUGGAAAAGAUGUGAUUGUUUUAGAUCCUGGCUCAUUUGCUGUAGGAGACAAAUCAAAUGGAUUGAACCUUGGUUCAGUCCGUCUGUAUUCUAAUGAGUGUUUGGAAACAGAUUGAAGUUUGUUGUUGGAUUAGUUGUGAAAGCUUUGAGGGAGUGGUGUUUAUUUUGCCUGACUCAGUAGAUUAUUUUCAGAUUAAGACGCUGGAGUCCUGCAGGAACUGGAGAUGAGCCUGGAUGAAGUCAUAAUGUCAUUUCUUCCCGUAUUUUCUUAGAGCAUGAGUUAGUUUGUCUUCAGAAAUGUGCAUUGAGCAGUGUUUGCUUUAUUUCCUUGGACUUGAUGACACUUAAUAUUUUGCUGCGUGGUCAGAGGACGCUGUGCUGCCGCCCUCUAGUGGACACUCUGAGCAUCUGCACUGAAACGUGUUUGUAACGUAAAACCAGUCAUAUUGAAGGACUGUUCGUUUGCAACUUGAAUAAACUUGGGAGUGUUUACGUC